AUGACGGACAAGCAGCUCGAAGAAGAUCAAGCGCAUCUCCGUGCUGCCAUUGACAAUGUUUCGACUGAUGCAUUGAAGAUGCACAUGUUGGCGGCGUUAAGCGCAUUUGAUACGUCCAGAAGCUCUACGAUGUCAAGUUCAUCCACUGAUACAAUGAAAAGGAAGAGUGAAAAGAGUGAUGGAAUUGUGGCAACGCUGAAAGAAAAGUCUGUGACGGUACAAAAGCCUCAAGACGCUCUUUUUUUGGCGGUUCAUGCGCUGUUACUUGAAACUGGCUACAAACUGUUGGGGACACCAGGCUUAGAGUUUGUGUUGCCUGAGAACUGGGAUGCUAAUAGUGCGAACGGGUUGUUCAAUGCACAAUACGUUCACCCGACCGACGAAUCGGUCAAGUUCUCACUCCAGGGUUUGUUUGUUGGAGCCAAGUUUGAAGUGUACAUAUCAGACGACAAGGAUCAGACCCAUUCGAUUGAAUUGAAUCUCGACAAGUUUGUCGACGUUAGUGAGACGACGCCUCCUAUCGCGGCAGCAAGCGUGCUCCAGAAUUUGAAGGCUUUGCGAGAGACAUUUACGCCAUUCGCUGAGAGUAUUCAGCCCGGAAAGAAAAAAGGUACCACACGAGUAGCCAGCAUGCCAGUGGUGUAUCCACCGGAUCGUGAAAACCGAGGAGAUUAUGGUGUUCCGUCUCCUGCUCGUAUCCCGCCGGUUGGAGGGGGAGAUGCAUUUCCACCGGGCCUUGGAGGUGGCAAUCCAGACAUGUUGGUAGGACCUGACCACCCACUUUUUGGUCAUCGUAGCGAUCCGUCACAGGGUCCUGUUCCUGGCGCUCGUUUUGACCCGUUCGGUCCGCCUAUUGAUCCUUUCGGUCCUAGCGGAUUUCAUCGUCCUCCAUCUCGUGGUCCAGCACCGAGAAUGCCAUUUGGAGGACCAGGACCCGAUCACUUGCGCAUACCUCGGGACGAUGAAAUGGACACUGACUCUGGUUUCAGCGGGCAGGGUAGCCGCGGUGGAGGUGGCUUACCGCAACCGUUUGGAUCCAACCACUCUUUCUUCUAA